AUGGACGAUACUAUCAGGUCGCUUAUUCGGUUCGUGGCUAGAGGAUUCUAUUCCAAGCCAUAUGUGUUGAUCCUAGAUGCUGUUUUGUUGCAUUCAGUGUUGUCGGAAGACGACUUGAUAUACUUAUUGAGCAUCCAUCGGAAGGAGCUUAGAUCGCUAUGCAACAAACUAGUGGAAGAUAGAUUGUUAGUAAAUCACAUCCAAAAGGAAGAGAAUGCACAGCAGAGGCUUAUCACCAGAACAUACUUCUACAUCCACACCACAGAGGCGAUUGAUUCGAUCAAGUGGAAGGUGCAUUCAAUAGUCAAUAUCAUCAAGGAAGAAAUGACACAUUAUGGGAAUCCGCAGGGGUAUGUGUGUCCAAGAUGUGGUAAAAAGGUAUCGCAAUUGGAUGCAAUAUCGCUCUUGAGUGAUGAUAAGACUAAUUUUGAAUGUGACAACUGUGGAGGUGUAUUAAUAGAGGACGAUUCGAGCAAGCAGGCAUCGUUGAGACAAGCCAAGUUAGAAAAAUUGAUGAACCAGGUGGAUCCGAUUAUUUCUUACUUGAAAAAGAUUGAUGAUGCAUACAUUGAAGACAACACCUUCGAGUCAUCGUUGGUGAAGUCGAUUCCAGCACAAUCAUCGACCAGUGCAUCGUACUCUGUGUCGAACCGUAUUCUGUCAAGAUCAAGAUCCAACUUGUCGGCAUUACAAAACGAUUCCAAAUCUCAAGCAACAUUGCACGUUUCUAUUACAGCUAACGACGAAAAUUAUGAGAGGGAACAACAAGAAAAGGAAGAAAGAAGACAAAAGUUGCAACAAAAUGCGUUACCUUCGUGGCAUUCGGAAGGUACUGUGGGCAAGUCUUCUUUGGGUAAGUUAGAUGAUGAUAAUGAUGAUUUAUCAACACCCAAUGAAGGAACCCCUGUUCCUGGUAUCAAGUCAGAGAACGAAGUCCAAUCAGAUGUGGCUGACAGUGGUAGUGCUACCAUGGACAUUUCGUCCACAAAUACUCCUAUGGCAAGCUUAGACGAAGUGGAUAAUCUGACAACUAAUGCCGUUCCUACUAAUGUUUCUGAAUUGAAGGACAAAGAGUCACAAGAUGCUUUGGCAGCUUAUUACGCACAAUUGGCUGAGAGAGAAGCCGAGGAUGAUGACGACGAUGAUGAUGACGAUGAAGAUGAUUUCGAUGAUUUUGAGGACGUUUAA